AUGAAAUUUGCAUUGGCUUUUUUGAUCCUUAUCACAAUUAUAAUAUUUGUUGAAAUAUCAAACUGUGAUGCGCUGCCUAAAUCAGAUGCUCUUCAAGCCCGCCGUAAACGUGAAGGUGUAUUGAGCACUAGGUGGAUUUCCCGUAAAGGUGGGAUCGAUAUACCAAUUACACUACAAUCGCUGAUAACGUGUCUCACACCUGGCCUAAACGAUCUUGUGUGCCUAGGUCCCCGAGUUGGUUUGUUUGAACCCCGUGAGGUUAUUUUGACUAGAGAAAAGGGAACUUCAUUUGGUUACAAUGACGGCGUAGACCUCAGAGGGGCUGUGACAGAAUUUGAUGAAACUGGAGCAGCAGUUGACGUUGGACAACGUAUCAACAUCGGUGAUGGAUUAGUGAAAAUUCGUCUAACCGAUUUUGGACUCAACUUACCAUCAUUUUCUAAACCGUCUUCUUCUUAUGUCUAUCCUUAUCAGUACAGUAGUAGUAUAGUUCCCAGAUUACCUCAUAGUGAGGUAGACCAAUCCGAAAAAAAUUUUUUAAAGUACAAUGAUGGCAGUUUCGAAGCUCCUACACCUCGACAGAGACGGUAUGAUUCUCAAACCAGUCAAAAUCAGGAGAACAUGAGAGAUUUUAAGGUAACCCUACCUUAA